AUGGAGCUAAAACCUCUACCUCUCCAUCAUAACAUCAUGCAAUCCGCCCCACCGCCACUGCCGCCGGCCGCCCACAUCCAUCGCUACCACCCGUUUCACAUGGCCUUUUACUGGGGCAAAGAAGCACAGUUCUUGUUUCCGGGUUGGCCCGAUAACAAACCCGGCAUGUAUGCGGUGUCUCUGGUUUUUGUGUUCGCCCUGGCCAUUUUCGCCGAGUUUUUGUCGAACCUCAAUUUGGUCAAACCGGGUUCGAACCGGGCAGCGGCGGUUUUCUUUCCAGCCGGGUUCCAUGCUGUUCGGGCCGGUUUUUCGUAUUUAGUGAUGUUGGCCGUGAUGUCGUAUAACGGUGGUGUGUUUAUUGCGGCUGUUUUGGGCCAUGCGAUUGGAUAUGUUUUGUUUGGAAGUGGGCUUCGUAAAGGAUCAAAGCCCAAUUGA